AUGACACAAAGGAGUCAUAGGUUUGAGGAUGAGAGCAUCAAAUAUGUCACAUUGGGUUGUGCUCGUGGUGGGAAGGCACGAAACCGAACGUCAAAUGUCGCAAGGCCACGUCCGACAUCAAAGACAGACUGUAAAGCAAGGAUAAAUGCUAUGUUCAUUGAUGGGGUGUUGAAGGUGUCAACUGUUAACAAUUCUCAUAAUCACGGCCUCAGUCCACAAAAGGCAAGGUUCUUUCGCUGCAAUAGAGAAGCUGGGAUCAGAAUGAACAAGAGUUUUGCCGCUCUUGUCCAAGAAGCAGGUGGGUUUGAGAACUUGCCAUUCAAUGAAAAAGACUGUCGAAAUUACAUUGAUAAGGCACGCCACCUUCGACUUGGGAAAGGUGGCGCUGGAGCCAUCCAUAUGGAUGAUGACGGGCGGUUGAGGAAUGUUUUCUGGGCGGAUGCAAGAAGUAGGGCAUCCUAUAAAUAUUUUAGAGAUGUCAUUACAUUCGACACCACAUAUUUGACAAACAGAUAUGGAAUGCCGUUUGCCCCGUUUGUUGGUGUAAACCACCAUGGCCAGUCAAUUCUUUUGGGGGCAGGCUUGAUUUCUAGUGAGGAUACAGAGACAUUCACCUGGUUGUUUCAAACGUGGUUGAAUUGUAUGGAUGGUGACGCUCCAAAGGCUAUUAUCACUGAUCAAGAUAGGGCCAUGAAAAAUGCAAUUGCGCUUGUCUUUCCAAAUAGUCGGCACAGAUUUUGUUUAUGGCACACAUUGAAAAAAUUACCUGAGAAGUUAGGUUCACAUGGUGCUUACAAAACUGGGUUGAAAAGUCAGUUGUUAAAUUGUGUGUAUGACUCGCACACAACAGAGGAGUUUGAGAGAUCUUGGGCAGUGAUAAUUGAGACGUACAACUUGCAGGAGAAUGCUUGGUUGCAGAGUUUAUAUGUUGAGCGUAUGUAUUGGGCACCCACAAACUUAAAAGAAUUUGUUGAUCAAUUCGAUAAUACAUUAAGGAAGAAGAUUGAGAAUGAAAAUGCAGCGGACUUCCACUCCUUCAACACCGCAAUUCCAGUCAUCUCUCCCUCUCCACUUGAGAAGACAUUUCAGAACAUAUACACUUGCAAUAAAUUUAGAGAAGUCCAGAAAGAAGUGAUGGGGAUGCUUGCAAGUCUUCCAACUCUACACCGGAAGGAUGGUGUAAUUGCUACCUAUUGA